GUUAUAUAGAUGUAGCGACUUUGCGACCAUGGGGAGUCCAGCCAUCAUCGCCCUGCCGCUUGUCUGCCAUCUUCUCUGCACAGCGCCCCCGCAGCCAUGGCCGCCAACAUCAUGGCCGCCAACAUGCUGGCCCCACGCCAUAUCCAGAACAUGAGCGAGGCGAAGGCUGUCAAGCACUACUGGGGCUAUGUCGACCGUGUGAUUCCUUGCACCAGCGUCCCGGACGACUGCCGCUACCUCGAUCUUGUCUACCGCAACCAUGAACUCUCCAUGCUCUACAGCGGCAUCCUGUGGGCCGCCAUUGGGGGCAUCUUGGUGCUAUGGGCCGUCGGACGCCACUUUGCGCGCUCCCAACCCUCGGGCGUAUCGCUGCCGGCAGAAGCAGGAGAAGGAGUGCCACGAAGACGGAGCGCCUUGGAACGACUCCAACGAGCCGUUCCCUCGUACGCUCGCCGAUAUCUCCAGCCAGACGCCGCCAGGAUCAUCUUCGGCCGCGUCACGCGCACCCAGGUCCUGACCCUCCUCGUCCUCACCGGCUACCUCAUCGUCUUCUCCUUUGUCGGCAUGGUCUACAAGAAGUGGAUUACUCCCGCCAAAAAGUUCCCCGGCGUCACCAACCCUCCCGGCGCCACCCAGACACGCAGCACGCUGGGCCCUUGGUCCGACCGCGUCGGCGUCUUUGCCUAUGCCCUCACUCCUCUGUCCGUUAUGCUUGCGACCCGCGAGUCCAUCCUGUCGCUUGUCACCGGCUUGCCAUACCAGAGCUUCAACUUCCUCCACCGAUGGCUGGGAUACAUCAUCUUCCUGCAGUCUGCCCUCCACACCAUUGGCUGGUGCGUGAUUGAGAUUCGCCUGUACCAGCCCCAGCCCUAUGUCGCCAAGAACUGGAUCGUCCAGGAAUACAUGAUCUGGGGCGUCGUCGCUAUGAUCCUGUUGACGCUGCUCGUCGCCCUCUCGACCCCAUGGGGCAUCCGCCUCACCGGCUACGAGUUCUUCCGCAAGGCCCACUACGUCCUGGCCAUGGUAUACAUUGGCGCGUGCUGGGGCCACUGGCACCAGCUCAAGGUCUUCCUUUUGCCUGGCCUCAUUGUUUGGUUCAUCGACCGCGGCAUCCGAUUCGCCAGGACGACGCUCCUGCACUACAACUUCUUGCCCUCGGGCCACAUGGGAUUCCGCUCAGCUUCCGCAAACGUAUCGCUCUUCAAGGACGAUGUCAAUGGCGACGUUGUGCGCCUGGACUACGAUCAUCCCCAGGAUGCCUGGGCUGUCGGCCAGCACUUCUAUCUCACUUUCCCAGACAGCAGCAUCUGGCAAUCUCACCCCUUCACCCCCGUUAGUCUCCCGGUUUUUGGCGCUGACAGCCAGAGACAUUCGUACGUGUUCCGCGCAAGGAAGGGCGAGACCAAGAAGAUUGCCGAGCUGGCCAUGAAGCGCAUUGCCCAUGUCAAGGAUCACCAACAGUCGCAUGAAGGCCUGAUGGCUGAUGCCCGUCUUUCUGUCGUCAUGACUGGCCCAUACGGCGAGCGCACAAUGAACAGCCUCGCUUCUGACGCCAACAUCAUCGGCAUUGCUGGUGGAACUGGUAUUGCAUACGUCCUUCCCGUUCUCCUCGACCUCGCCUCUCGACCCCAACACCCCGACCGCCACAUGUCUCUUGUAUGGGCCAUCCGUCGACGAAGCGACAUUGACUGGGUCGCACCAGAACUCGCCAUCUUGAAGCGUAAAUGCCGGAACCUGCGCACUAGCAUGCACAUCUACGUUACGCGCGCCGCAGAGGAAGCCAAUGUCCCGCCACCAGCUGCUUCGGAGAAGGCUGGCGGAACCGACUGCAGCAAGGAGAUUAACCCUGCCUCGAGCUCCAACUCUUCCCAGGACGCCUCUUCCGCACUGUCUGUUCACGGCGUGUCCAAAUCAGAACUAGGCCUGAACCAUGUCCAGGCUCGGCCCGAUCUCGAUGCCAUUGUCCGCGACUUUGUUGCAGGCACAGUACGAGGAGGAACCGACGUCUUCGCAUCUGGUCCUGGUGGCAUGAUCAGUGACCUCAGGCGCAUCGUAGCCAGCACCAACAACGGUGGCGAUGUGUGGAAGGGCGACGACCGGUACGACGUCCGUCUGACGUGUGAUGACCGGUUGGAAUGGUAGUUUUUUCUAUAGCUUGAUACCCCCAGCGCAAUAUUAAUGUUUAUCUUCGCA